AUGAGGAUGCAUCUUCUUUCAUUAGAUCCUAGCUACAUCAACUGUAUUGAGAAAGGACCACAUGUUCCAGUCAAAAUCAACACUGCCCUGAGACUUAGUGGAAGUGAAGCAGAAGAUGUUGAAGUGCCUAAAAAUCCCUCUAAGUUUACUGAAGAAGAUGAGAAAGAGGUGCACAAGGAUAACAAAGCCAUGAACAUUCUAUUCAAUGGUAUUGAUGAUGAUAUGUUUGAUUGUGUUAUCAACUGCCCUACUGCAAAAGAAGCAUGGGACACUAUUCAAACUUUAUGUGAAGGCACUUAUCAAGUCAGGGAAAACAAAACGCAGUUGUUUGUUCAACAAUAUGAGAGUUUUCACUCUAAAUCUGGAGAAUCUCUAAAUGAUUUAUUUAACAGAUUUCAAAAACUGUUAAAUGGAUUGAAGCUGUAUGGUAGAGUCUAUAUGCUCAAGGAUUCAAAUAUCAAAUUCUUAAGAGCCUUGCCUAGAGAUUGGAAACCCAUGACUGUGGCUCUAAGACAGGCUCAAAAUUUUAAUGAAUACUCUCUUGAUAAACUUUAUGGUAUUCUUAAAACUUAUGAGCUUGAAAUACAGCAAGAUGAAGAACUAGAAAAGAACUCCAAAAAGGAGAAAAAUGUGGCCCUUGUAGCUAAAAAGGAAGAAGAAGAGGAGAAAGCUUUAAAGUCUAUGGCUAAAACCUCAAGCAACAACACUGGUGAAGGAAAGAAUGAAGCUGGAAAGAAUAAAGGAAAAAUCAUUAAAGAAAAUGAAGAACCUACAGCCCAAGAUGAGCUAGAUGAUCUUGAUGAGCAUUUAGCCUUUCUUGCCAGAAAAUUCUCUAAACUCAAGUUCAAAAGAAAUGAUGCCAUCUCUAGACCAUUCAACAGAGGAAAUCAAUACAAACCAUCUUGUAUGGUUGAUAGAUCAAAGUUCAAAUGCUUUUACUGUGGUCUACCUGGGCAUUUCUCCAAUGAAUGCAGAAGGCCUGCUUCUGAGAAGAAAGGAUCUUUUUCUGAAAAUGUUGAUUAUAGAAGAAAAUAUUUUGAUCUACUCAAGCAGAACAAGGAAAAGGCAUUCAUAACUGAGGAUGGUGGCUGGGCUGCUGAUGAAGGUGAUUCUGACAAUGAGGAGCAUGUCAAUCUUGCCUUAAUGGCAAUUGGAGAUGAAGUUGAUUCUUCCAUCACUAGUAGUGGACAGGUAAAAACCACAAACACAUCUGAUCUCACUAAGUCUGAAUGCAAACAAAUCAUUGAUGAUAUGUCUAAUGAAAUUUAUAAUCUUAGAGUUUCUCUUAAAUCUCUAACAAAAGAAAAUGUUAGACUUAAAGGGACUAAUGAUUUGCUUGCUGAAAGAAAUGGAAAGCUAGAAACUGAAUUAAUCCAAUUGGAUAAAUUCAAAAAGUCUUCUGAGCUUGCUAAGGAUGAGUUGUUGACUGUUCUGAAAAGAGAAGAAAUUCUUAAAAAGCAAUUGGAAAGGGAACAAGAGAUUAUAGCUAAACGGAAAGAUUCCAGAAAUAUUCUUGAAAACAUGUGUUCUACUCAUGUUCUUGAGGAAUCUUGCAAGAAUUCCUGGAAGAAGAACAAAAAGUUGUUAGAAGAAUCUGAUGCCUUAUUGGAUAGUGAUCAUCCAUUGAUUGACAUUCCGUCAACGGAUGAGAACUAUCCAUCGAAGAAUCAGACAGCAGUUGAUGAAGACAAACUCAAAAAGCUUGACAAGAAAUAUGGGCCCAUCAACAAAAACUUUGUGAAAGAAUCUGGUAGUUCCAAAAAGAUUGAGAAAGAAGAAAUAGGUCAUAGUGCAGAAAAGAUGGAGGCUGGAAAAGAAAAGAAAAAGAGCUCUAGGAAUGGCAAAGUUGGGAUUAAUAAGAGGAAUGAUUACACACCUGAUAAAAACUUGCUCUAA